GCCGGGGAGCGCCGCGGCGCCGCACAUGCUCACUGGCCGCGGAGGCACCGCCGGAGACUGAAAAUUUCUCUGAAGCGUAACCUUCAAGAUGAAGUUCUUACUAGCGAUUUUAUGUUUCAUCUCAUUCUCCUUGUGGGUUGAAGAAGUCUAUUCCAAAGAGAAGUCUUCAAAGAAAGGAAAAGGGAAAAAGAAGCAAUAUCUAUGUCCAUCGCAACAAUCAGCUGAAGACCUUGCAAGAGUACCUGCUAAUUCUACCAGCAAUAUCUUGAACAGACUAUUGCUCAGCUAUGAUCCCAGGAUAAGGCCUAAUUUCAAAGGAAUUCCAGUUGAUGUCGCGGUUAACAUCUUCAUUAACAGCUUUGGGUCAAUUCAAGAGACAACUAUGGAUUAUAGAGUCAACAUCUUUCUAAGACAGAAGUGGAAUGACCCCAGACUCAAACUGCCCAAUGACUGGAGAGGUUCAGAUACAUUGACAGUGGACCCAACUAUGUUUAAGUGUCUUUGGAAGCCAGACUUAUUCUUUGCAAAUGAAAAAAAUGCUAACUUCCAUGAUGUCACACAAGAAAAUAUCCUUCUUUUUAUAUUUCGGGAUGGAGACGUCCUAGUCAGCAUGAGAUUGUCUAUUACACUGUCAUGCCCUUUGGACUUGACCUUGUUUCCUAUGGAUACACAACGUUGCAAGAUGCAAUUGGAAAGCUUUGGUUACACAACUGAUGACUUACGGUUUAUCUGGCAGUCUGGAGAUCCUGUACAGCUAGAGAAAAUUGCCCUGCCUCAGUUUGAUAUUAAAAAGGAGGAUAUUGAAUAUGGUAACUGUACCAAGUAUUACAAAGGCACAGGUUAUUACACUUGUGUAGAAGUAAUCUUCACUUUAAGAAGACAAGUUGGAUUUUACAUGAUGGGUGUUUAUGCUCCUACACUGCUAAUUGUUGUUCUAUCCUGGCUGUCAUUUUGGAUCAAUCCUGAUGCAAGUGCUGCAAGAGUCCCACUGGGUAUUUUCUCAGUGCUCAGCUUGGCAUCUGAAUGUACCACUCUUGCUGCUGAACUUCCCAAAGUGUCUUACGUGAAGGCCUUAGAUGUCUGGCUGAUUGUUUGCCUUCUCUUUGGGUUUGCAUCCCUGGUGGAAUAUGCUGUGGUUCAGGUAAUGCUAAACAAUCCAAAGAGAAUUGAAGCUGAAAAAGCAAAGAUUGCCAAGGCAGAGCAAGCAGAAGGGAAGAGUGGAAAUGCUGCCAAGAAGAACACUGUGAACGGCACAGGGACUCCUGUUCACAUCAGCACUUUACAGGUUGGUGAGACCAGAUGCAAAAAAGUUUGCACUUCGAAAUCUGAUCUGAGAUCCAAUGAUUUCAGCAUCGUUGGAAGCUUGCCAAGGGAUUUUGAAUUAUCAAAUUAUGACUGUUAUGGGAAGCCCAUUGAAGUCAACAAUGGGCUCGGGAAAUCUCAAGCCAAGAACAACAAGAAGCCUCCUCCUCCCAAGCCAGUCAUUCCAUCAGCAGCAAAGAGAAUCGAUCUUUAUGCAAGAGCACUGUUUCCUUUUUGCUUCUUGUUCUUCAAUGUCAUAUACUGGUCCAUAUAUUUAUGAUAAAUCUUUUAUUUUUUUUUUCAGAUGUGUAAAAUAUAGCCCAUUUCAUUAUCCCUUCCCAGUCAUGAAGGCCACUGUGUGAAAUUAUUUGCAUUUGCAAAGCAAUAUGUUGCAUCUUGAUGCCGUGCGAUUGUACUGAACAUAUGGCAUCUGAAAUUUGAAUGAAAGCAUGACACUGCAAUGUCUGUGCUCUGACCAACUUUGUAUAUAAGUGUACAGCAUACAUCCUGCUUUAGGAAUAUAUAUGAAGGACAAUGCCUACCACAUUAUAAAGCUGAAUAACGCUCUUCAGUUAUUAGUAACAUGCAGAAAUUUAAAGUGAUUCUGACAAUGAAACUGAUGUGCACGUUGAGUAUUAUUAAAAUCAAUAUUCUAGUAUAUGUAGUAUUUAACAGCUUUUCUCCUGGUUUCCAGAGGAAAAAGAAAAACCCACCAAACAUCUUGUUUGUGCAUAAUUUCAGCUGGCACUGUUGAAGAAAAUGCUAAGGUGUAAUUAUCAUUAUUAUUUAGGCUUUUUGAGUGAAGGCAGCAUCAAGUAAACAGAUCUUGUCUAUGUGGAAAAAUAAAGAUCAGAGAACUACUAAUUUUGUAAAAUCAGCUCAUUUAGGAAAAAAACCCCAACAACUGUGUCCAUGAAGAAGGCACAGUUAAGUGUGUUAGAAUAUGCUGGCAGUAAAACAUUGGGGCAAAUUUUAACUGCUGUUUCUUUAGGCACAAACUAGAUACAGUAUAUAAAAAACAAAUGGGCCACCUUCUAGACUAAAGGUACCAGGAGUUUUGGAGAGGCAUCACAAGAUGCAGUUCAGUAUCAGGUUUGUUAUACAUUUUUACAUUAGUUUUUCCUCUGGCUCAGCUUCUGUAGCAUCUGGAAAGCCUGCAGUAUGUAAGUCACAAUUUUUUUUUGUUGUUGCACUGGACAUGUCUUACUUGAUUUGUUUUGUUUAUCCCCUUGAAAGCUUUCAUUUUAAACAAACCAGUUGUCAAGAUAAAAUCCCAUUUUCACCAAUGAAGAUACCUUUUCUUGUUUGCGUGCUAGCCAGCACGUAGCCCCCAGCAGGAGUGAAAAUGUGUCCUGAGGUCUAAGGGGUUGAGACUGUCUUGAGCCCUGGUGUGCCUGUGUGGUAAUUAAUGGCUGCCCUCAUCAACUCAUUGAUCUGGCUGCUACAUUUUGGAGAAUAAGGUCCUAUGCAUGAAAUAGUUCUGACAGGAAACAGCUUUCCAUUUUCCAGAGGAAAUUCUAUGGCAUGGAGACUACCUUAACGUGAGCUCCUUGGUGUGCACAGGGCAGGGGCUUGGGUCUCCUGUGGAUGCCAGGGUACAUCCCUUCAUGAGGGUGAGUCAUGAGGAGAAAUGUGGCCAAAAGAAAGCUGCAUGCAGGCAGGCAUGUGAGUAGAGUGUGUUUGCUGAGAACAGGGACUUGGCCUCAGCCCUUGAGAGCGUGCCAUACAUGUCAGUGCUGGGGAGAUGGGGCACCACAGCUAAUUACAACAUGAAAAUAAGACCAUUCCUAAAAGGCAAUCUGGACUGUUGGCCUCUCAUAGGCUAGAAAGAGACUAGUUUAAAUACAUGAAGCCUUCCAUAGUGUGGAAACAAACAAUCCCACUUGUUGUGCUACAUUUCUGGCAUGUCCCGGAUGUGCUGAGCUAAUGCAGGCCACAAGGGGACUGUUGGAUCACUUGGGAGUUGCCCACAAGAUGAAUGUUGUUCACAUGCAGCGAUCCUGCGCAACCAAAAGGUCAAAAGUAGGAAUGUAAGAAGAGGUAUGGCAUGCCCCACUGGCUCCACUGGACAUCUGGUGAACCUGCACACCCAGAGUUUUUUGAAGCCUCUGCCGCAUUGUGAUCAGCAGGCUGGCUGCAGCGACUCGUGUUUGGGUUGAGGAGAUCUGCUCUUCACAGUAUGGUCACGCACACCCUGCCAGCUUCCUGGCCACUGUCUCAUGGGGGUCUCAGGUUUGGGGUGUUUUUCUGAUCCAAAGAAAUGGAAGGCAAAUCCCAGAUGUUAUUGGGUUGUGUGGAAUGGGGGAUGAGGGAAAUGAUAUCUUUAAGGUCUAGUUCAAAGUUUUAAUAUUUCUGUCAGUUGAAGGUAAUUGCAGAAUUGUCAGAGACUCUAAGAAGCAAUAAGGAUAAAUGAAACAGAGGAAGAAUGGGAGGGGGAACUUUUAUACAGACAGAAUGGUAUAUUUAUAAACAUAAUUUAUUCUCAUACUUGUAUUUUUUCUUACACUACUGGAAGGCAAAAAAUAAUUACCUUGUGUUGGAAAUUAUAUGAAUUUUGGAAGAUAACUUUCUUGUUAGAACUCUUAUUAAAUGAUUUAUCUGUAAUUAAUGUCCACAUUCUAUCUGUAAAAUCUCAAUUAUAGAUUUUAUUGUUAAAUUAAUCUUUGUUCCUUCUUGCUUUCCUGCUUACUUGAUGGCUUUUGUGUUUUAUCAUAAAACACUUAAUCAAUAAUACACUG